CUUUCCUUUUCACAAAUAAUUGAUCCUUCCCAAAUACGGAAUUAACACAAAAAGCCAAAAAGCUUAUCAAAAAAAUUUCAAUACUCUUCUUCUUCUCCUGAAUCUCUCUUUACCUUUACGUUGACAUUGAUCCUUCGCAGUAUCUAUCUGAUUUGAUCAAAGAAGAGAUCGGGAUUUUUCGCGGUUGUAUCGCCGAAUGGACGAGGUGAUGACAGCGGCGGACGCCGGUUCGUUAGGUGGCGGAAAUAGGGCGUUGUACGGAUCUCCUCCGUCGCAAAAUCUGUUUCCUCAUAAUCUCCCAAUCUUCUCCGCUUUUCUUGCCUUCGCUCUUGCUCAGUUCCUCAAAGUUUUCACUAAUUGGUACAAAGAAAAGAAGUGGGACUCUAAACGUAUGAUUAGUUCUGGUGGAAUGCCUUCUUCGCAUUCCGCUACUGUCACUGCCUUAGCUGUUGCCAUUGGCCUUGAAGAAGGAGCAGGAGCACCAGCUUUCGCUAUCGCGGUUGUCUUAGCUUGCGUUGUUAUGUAUGAUGCCUCCGGUGUCAGACUUCAUGCUGGUCGUCAAGCCGAGCUGCUGAAUCAAAUUGUUUGUGAGUUUCCUCCGGAGCAUCCAUUAUCAACAGUUAGACCAUUGCGUGAACUGCUUGGCCACACUCCUAUCCAGGUUGCAGCAGGUGGGAUAUUAGGAUGCGUGGUAGCUUAUUUAAUGAGGAGCACAAGCUAGUCUCUCUACACAAAGAACAAAUCCCAAAAUUCUUUUGAAAUCGUAGACCCUUCAGGUACUAAAUAGAUUCAGCGAUAUCAAGUGACGCUAGAUUAUUGGAGUAAAUGGAAAUUGUUAAAUCUGUGUAAUAUAUAGAUCAUAGUUAGACCUGUCAUUGUUUAAGCUUACUCCUUCUCAAAAUUCUCUUUCUCUCUAUAUAUGUAAUCUCUCUAUUUCCUCUUCCUC